AUAUUUGUUUUCCGGUUCGUUCCUUUUCGCAACAGCUAAAGAAAACGCAGGCACUUCAAUGAUUUUCUUGCAGUUCCGUUUUAGUUUCUGAUUUUUUUCCUCACCGGUCAGGUCCGACGCUGGACACGACGGCUCCAACGACACCGCAAUGUGUAUUUGUGGCAAGCAAAUCUCAACUGUUGUGGUCUCUCAAGGCACUUUUCUCAAUAGAAGAAUGAGGUAUUGCAAUUUUCUACCUUGGAAAAUGUGUUACCGGCUAAAACAUAAGUUCGCAGAGAAGAAGUUUGUGCGAGGUGUCGGAAGCGGUUCCAAGUUGCGGAAAAAAGUAGUUGCUGUUAUGGAUUACAACCUUUCAGACCUAAUUGGUAAUGGAAGUGGUGAAAUGAAAUCUGAAAUGAGUCCCAAAGAUGCAUUAGAUGAUGUGGACAUCUCCUUGAUAUGUAAGAGGUUUCCAUCAAUUACUUUGGGUAGCGCUCCUCGAGUGGAUUUGUAUGAUGGGACUACAUCAUGUUCUGAAACAAUGAACUCUUUUGCAACAGAAAAUUUUGAAAAUUGUUUUUCUAAUUCUUCAGAGGCAAGAUGGGUUCAAAGUGGUCUUUCUGAAGAAUGGCCUUCUCUGUAUGUCAAGCAUUCUACUGUAUCAUCUUCCACAUCAGGAAAAGAUGAUUCUUUUCCUUCUUCUUUGCUGCCUGAUUUAAUGUCUUCAAUACAAGAGAGAAAUUCAGAUCAAAUCACCAGGGAAGAUUGUCAAAUGAAAGUGGAAAUGGAGUCACUGCCAAAUCCUAAACUGAGUGAGUUAUUUCUUGACAAGUCUAUAAAUUGUAUACCUGGAUUGAGUAAGAGGCACUACCAGAAGCUGGAGGACUGUGGGUUUCACACGUUACGGAAAUUGCUGCUCCAUUUUCCACGUUCAUAUGCUAAUAUGCGGAACGGACAUGCUAAAAUUGAUGAUGGGCAAUAUUUGAUUUUUGUUGGAAAAGUCUUAUCUUCAAGGGGUGUCAAAGCUAAUUAUUCAUUGUCAUUUCUUGAGGUGGUUGUGGGCUGCGAAAUUGCUGAAAGUGAAUGUGGUUUUGAGCAUGUGACCACUGAUGGUAUUGAUGUGCAAGAGAGGACAAUUUAUUUGCAUCUGAAGAAAUUUUUUCGUGGUUCACGUUUUACCUUCAAAGCUUUUCUUCAAAGGCUUGCAGAAAAGUAUCAAGAGGGAGACAUAGUAUGCGUUAGUGGCAAGGUCAGGACUAUGCGUGCUAAAGAUCACUAUGAGAUGAGAGAAUAUAAUAUUGAUGUGCUUGAAGACGUAAAAGAUUUGUCCUUUUUCGCUAAAGAGAGGCCAUAUCCUAUCUAUCCUUCAAAAGGGGGUUUGAACCCAAAUUUUCUUAGGGACACUAUUGCAAGAGCUUUACAAGCUUUGCCUGUCAAUGUAGAUCCAAUUCCUAAAGGAAUCACAGAGCAAUUUGGAAUACCAAGUCUUCAUGAUGCUUAUUUUGGAAUCCACAAACCCAAGGACAUAAGUGAAGCUGAUUUGGCCCGCAAGAGACUCAUAUUUGAUGCGUUUUUUUACCUGCAGUUAGGACGCUUAUUCCAAAUGCUGGAAAGUCUUGGUACACAAAUAGAAAAGGAUGGAUUGCUUGAUAAGUAUAGAAGACCAGAAAAUAAUGCUGUGAGCAAUGAGGAAUGGUCUUCUCUCACCAAGAGGGUUAUUGAGGUCCUUCCAUAUACUCUUACAACCAGUCAACAACAUGCUGUUUCCGAAAUUAUUUGGGAUCUAAAAAGACCAGUUCCAAUGAAUCGGCUUCUUCAGGGUGAUGUUGGAUGUGGAAAAACUGUUGUAGCUUUUCUUGCAUGCAUGGAGGUUAUUGGCUCUGGCUAUCAGGCUGCUUUCAUGGUUCCAACUGAGUUGCUUGCAAUCCAGCAUUAUGAUCAUUUGCUUAAAUUGCUUGAAAAGUUGGAUGAUGGCAUGUGCAAGCCAACUGUUGCUUUACUCACAGGUUCAACUCCACUAAAACAAUCCCGGAUUAUUCGUAAGGGUAUCCAGACUGGAGAAAUCUCGAUGGUCAUAGGAACCCACAGUUUGAUAGCAGAAAGUGUAGAAUUCUUAGCCUUACGUAUUGCUGUGGUGGAUGAACAGCAUCGCUUUGGUGUGAUUCAAAGGGGAAGAUUUAACAGUAAGUUAUACUAUGCAUCUUCAAAUUCAAACAUGGAAGAGGCCCUUGCAGAUGAUUCCGCAAAGAGUGAUGCUUAUAUGGCUCCACAUGUUCUUGCAAUGUCUGCUACUCCUAUCCCAAGAACACUUGCACUUGCUUUAUAUGGUGACAUGUCAUUGACACAGAUAACCGACUUACCUCCUGGAAGAAUUCCUGUUCAAACGUUUACCAUUGAAGGAAAUGACAAAGGAUUUGAGGAUGUUUACAAGAUGAUGUUGGAUGAGUUAGAAGAUGGAGGAAAAGUUUAUCUUGUCUACCCGAUUAUUGAACUUUCUGAACAGUUGCCUCAGCUUCGUGCUGCCUCUGCAGAUUUUGAAGUUAUAUCACACCGAUUUCAAGGAUAUAAUUGUGGUUUACUACAUGGAAAAAUGAGAAGUGAAGAAAAAGAAGAAACGUUAAGAAAGUUUAGAAGUGGAGAAAUACAUAUACUACUUGCAACUCAAGUAAUUGAGAUUGGUGUUGAUGUUCCUGAUGCAUCUAUGAUGGUUGUGUUGAACUCUGAGAGGUUUGGAAUUGCACAACUGCACCAACUUAGAGGACGAGUAGGACGUGGUACAAAGCAAUCAAAAUGUAUACUAGUAACGUCAACUGCCAGUAGCCUAAAUCGUUUGAAGGUACUAGAACAAUCAUCAGAUGGGUUUUAUCUUGCUAAUAUGGACCUUCUCUUACGGGGACCUGGUGACUUGCUUGGAAAGAAACAAUCUGGACAUCUUCCUGAGUUUCCUAUUGCCAGAUUGGAAGUUGAUGGGAAUAUUUUACAAGACGCGCAUAUUGCUGCACUGAAAAUUUUAAGCGCGUCUCAUGAUUUGGAGCAAUUUCCUUCGCUUAAACUGGAGCUUAGCAUGAGACAGCCACUUUGCCUACUAGGUGAUUGAAUCUUGAUCUGGUAUUGUAUUCAGAAGUUACUGCGCUCGUUGGAUUAUUUUGGUAAUGUAAUUUAUUUCAUAGGCUCUUAUUUGUCGUGUAAACAUGAUUUAGCUAUGUGCAUUUCGUCCUACAUUACAAAAUGAAUCAAAUGAAACCUCGUUUCAUUCCUGAA